AUGGCAAGUGUCUGUUUUAUCUUCCCAAAUUCCUCACAAAAACUUGAAGCUGAGAUCUCUGGCGAACUGACUGUAAAAAAUAAAUAGAUCAGAAGUGUUAAGCAAGAUUUAUUGUCAAAGCGCUGGCCUCAGGAUCAGAUUUCUAGAGAAAAAGUUGACAGUCUGCGAUUUUUUUGCAUGGGGAAAGAGCUGCAAGAUGAUCAGAAGCUAAGAGACUACUCACUGCCUGAUACAAAUGUCCCUAUACCUAUACAUGUUCAUAUUAUCAAAACUUCUAUUACUAGGCCUGAAUCUCAUGGUGAUGGAAAAUGGUGCUGCUCUUGCCAAAUGUUUUAA